AUGUGGUCCGUCAAUCUUCAUUCACACCCUCACCCCAAACCAACCCACUACUUGAUUUAUUACAAACCUCUAACAAGCCUGUCAAGGUCCUAUUCUAAUCACCCAACAACAUUGAUAGAGAUGUGCUCACUCCUGCCUUUUUUGACUGUCUUGCUUAGUGUUGCCACACACCUAUAUGUUGCUUCUCCUAUCACUCAGGCUCGCGGCGUUGUCGACCAGAAAUCACUGAUUGCGCGUGGAAACUUACCGUACGGGAUAAGGCCCAUCGGCGGUUACCAUGGUGGUGAGUGGAAAAUGGAACAGUUAACUAUCAGUCUGCCUGACACCAGGCAGCCACACAUCCAUCCGAGUUCCAAAUCUGACAUUUCCAAUCAUCACAGGAGCUUGCACUGCUACUCAUUGCUAGACGAUCAUCCCGCGACCCGAGCACAUAUCAAGUUCAACUGUCGAUAA